AUGAUGACUCCUACAGACUUAUCCAUUUCCUCUCGUGAAGAAGUUAGUGAUAGCGAGGACACAGACCUUUAUGAACGAAUUUUCCAAGAAUCGCAUGAACCACAUUCCACGCUGGAGAACAAUAGCGGCAUGAGCAUCCAGAUGUUGCUACUGGAGGCUCUACAGCGAGAGCAUGAGCGUAGCGAAAUACUGGGGAGUGGUCGUCGCAGUAGUCAAACCACUGGCCAUGUUAACCCGGACAAUGACCCUGAAGAAGAAUGGCCAGCUUUUAUAGGCCGUCGCCCCCAACUCAGGACGCUGCUAAGGAACCUAAUAGUCCUAGAUCAUAUACUAAUCGCGCUGCUAUUUCCUUUCUCUCUAUUUAACAUACUCAGGGCGCUGUUCAGCGAGCUUACAUUCAGUGAAUACGACUUCUACGUGGAUAUACUGCAGUAUAUGAAGCGCAUCGCAGUUGUAGAUGCUCAAAACAAGUCCCUACUACUCUACACAGACAGCCUAGGGCUUUUGGUCAAAUUCCAUAACAUUGUGGUGUUCUACACCCGCAACGUGUACUCUGCCAUGAGCGCCAUGAUAGGCAAUGUCAACUGGACAGCGCGUCUGUACACCUUGUUUGUCAGACUGAGUGCUAUCUCUCUCUACCUAACCUACGGAUUAAUGACAAGCUCCUAUCUCUGCUUUGCAGCCUUCUUCUUUACUCUUUGUUUCGGCAUGACAGUUGUCAAGCGGUACAAGGGCGUCGAAAGAAUCAUUAACCAGAUAUACCGCAACACCGAGGGUUUAUUCUAG